GAGACCACACCGGCUGCCAGCGAGUCCUCCAUGUUCGUUUGUACCAAGCACUGACCGGAGAUUCGAUUUCUACGCGUAUUUCUCGUAUAAUUGGCGUCUUUUGGCUCCUCCUAGUACUUCAGUCUCUAGUUGGACGCUCUGUGGAUAAAUUAAGUGGAAAUGGCGCAGCUUUUACCGAUUAGGUUUCAAGAACAUCUCCAGCUGCAAAGUGUAGGCAUAAAUGCUGCUAACAUUGGCUUCUCCACCCUCACAAUGGAGUCAGACAAAUUUAUUUGUGUGCGGGAAAAAGUUGGCGAGACAGCUCAAGUGGUCAUUAUUGACUUAGCGGAUGCAAAUAAUCCAACAAGAAGACCAAUUUCUGCAGACUCUGCUAUUAUGAAUCCAAAAUCUAAGGUCAUUGCACUAAAAGCUGGAAGAACUCUUCAGAUCUUUAACAUUGAAAUGAAAAGCAAGAUGAAGGCACAUACCAUGGUGGAGGAUGUCACUUUCUGGAAGUGGAUUAAUGUCAACACCCUUGCUCUUGUCACAGAAACUACUGUUUAUCACUGGUCUAUGGAAGGUGAUUCUCAGCCAUACAAGAUGUUUGACCGCCAUUCAAGUCUUGCUGGGUGUCAGAUAAUAAAUUACAGAACAAACAAAGAUGCCACAUGGCUCCUCCUGAUUGGCAUUUCAGCUCAGCAAAACCGAGUGGUAGGUGCUAUGCAGCUUUACUCAACAGAACGAAAAGUCAGUCAACCAAUUGAGGGGCAUGCCGCCGCCUUUAUGCAGUUCAAGAUUGAAGGCAAUGCUCAGGAAUCCACUCUUUUCAGCUUUGCUGUAAGAGGAGCACAAGGAGGAAAGUUGCAUGUCAUUGAAGUUGGGACUCCUCCUGCAGGAAAUCAGCCAUUCACAAAAAAGGCUGUGGAAGUACUGUUCCCACCAGAAGCUCAAAAUGACUUUCCUGUGGCCAUGCAGGUGAGCCAGAAACAUGGAAUAGUGUUCCUCAUCACCAAGUAUGGAUAUAUCCAUCUGUAUGAUGUAGAGAGUGGAUCCUGCAUUUACAUGAACCGAAUCAGUGGAGAUACAAUCUUUGUGACAGCACCUCAUGAACCUACCGAUGGUAUUAUUGGUGUAAACAGAAAGGGACAGGUGUUGUCAGUGAGCGUCGAGGAGGAUAACAUCAUUCCAUACAUCACCAAUGUGCUCCAAAAUCCUGACUUGGCUCUUCGUCUGGCUGUGAGAAACAAUUUGGCUGGGGCAGAGGAACUCUUUGUGAGAAAGUUUAACACCUUGUUCAACAACAUGCAGUAUGCUGAGGCAGCAAAGGUUGCAGCUAAUGCACCAAAGGGCGUUCUACGAACACCGCAGACAAUCCAGAGGUUUCAGCAGGUACCAUCUCAGCAAGGUCAAACAUCUCCCUUGUUGCAAUAUUUUGGCAUUUUAUUAGACCAGGGUAAACUCAACAAGUUUGAGUCACUGGAGCUCUGCAAACCUGUUUUACAGCAAGGAAGGAAACAGCUUCUUGAGAAGUGGCUUAAGGAGGAAAAGCUGGAGUGCAGUGAAGAGCUUGGUGAUUUAGUGAAGCAAGUUGAUCCAACUCUUGCCUUGUCAGUUUAUCUCAGAGCAAAUGUGCCAAACAAGGUCAUCCAGUGUUUUGCGGAAACUGGCCAGUUUCAGAAGAUUGUUUUAUACGCAAAGAAGGUUGGCUACACUCCUGAUUACAUCUUCCUGCUCCGUAAUGUGAUGAGGAUCAACCCAGAGACAGGCAGUCAAUUUGCUUCUAUGCUUGUGCAGGAUGAAGGAGAACCACUUGCAGACCUUAACCAGAUUGUAGAUGUCUUUAUGGAAACCAACCAGGUUCAGGCAUGUACAUCUUUCCUACUGGAUGCUCUUAAGAACAACAGACCAACUGAAGAUCAUCUGCAGACCAGACUGCUAGAAAUGAACCUCCUCACAGCACCUCAGGUUGCUGAUGCUAUUCUUGGAAAUCAGAUGUUCACUCAUUAUGAUCGCGCUCAUAUUGCCCAGCUGUGUGAGAAUGCAGGACUGCUGCAAAGGGCUUUGGAACACUAUACAGACAUUUUUGACAUCAAAAGGGCUAUUGUCCACACUCAUCUUCUCAAUCCUGAGUGGCUGGUGAACUACUUUGGCUCAUUGUCUGUUGAAGAUUCCUUGGAAUGCCUGCGAGCCAUGCUUACCCACAACAUUCGACAAAACCUUCAGAUCUGUGUGCAAGUGGCAACAAAGUACCAUGAACAACUCAGCACAUCUGCUCUGAUUGAGCUGUUUGAGUCAUUCAAGAGUUUUGAGGGUUUGUUUUACUUUUUGGGAUCUAUUGUAAAUUUUAGUCAGGAACCUGAUGUCCAUUUUAAGUACAUACAGGCUGCUUGCAAAACAGGCCAAGUUAAAGAGGUAGAACGUAUAUGUAGAGAAAGCAACUGCUAUGAUCCAGAAAAAGUUAAGAACUUUCUCAAGGAAGCCAAGCUGACUGACCAAUUGCCUUUGAUCAUUGUCUGUGACAGAUUUGACUUUGUUCAUGACUUGGUCUUGUAUUUAUAUCGAAACAAUCUUCAGAAGUACAUUGAGAUUUACGUUCAAAAGGUGAAUCCCUCACGUCUGCCUGUGGUUGUAGGAGGUUUGUUGGAUGUGGACUGCACAGAAGAUGUCAUCAAAAGUCUCAUGAUGGCUGUACGUGGCCAAUUCUCAACCGAUGAACUAGUUGAAGAAGUUGAAAAAAGAAACCGUCUCAAGCUAUUGUUGCCUUGGCUAGAAGCAAAGAUACAUGAUGGUUCUGAAGAACCAGCCACCCAUAAUGCACUGGCAAAGAUUUAUAUUGAUGCCAACAACAAUCCUGAGAGAUUUCUGAGAGAAAAUCCUUAUUACGACAGUAAAGUGGUUGGUAAAUACUGUGAAAAGAGAGACCCACACUUGGCCUGCAUAGCUUACGAAAGAGGGCAGUGUGAUGCUGAGCUAAUCAAGGUUUGUAAUGAGAACUCCCUGUUCAAGAGUCUGGCAAGAUAUCUUGUUCGACGGAGGGAUCCAGAUCUUUGGGCAGAAGUACUAUUGGAAACAAACCAGUUCCGCAGGCAGCUUAUUGAUCAGGUUGUGCAAACAGCACUUUCAGAGACUCAAGAUCCUGAGGAUGUGUCAUGUACAGUCAAGGCAUUCAUGACCGCUGAUCUUCCAAAUGAACUUAUUGAACUUCUAGAAAAGAUUGUCUUGGAAAACUCAGUUUUCAGUGACCACAGAAAUCUGCAGAACUUGCUGAUUUUGACAGCUAUCAAGGCCGAUCGGACACGUGUCAUGGAGUACAUCACUCGCUUGGACAAUUAUGAUGCGCCUGAUAUUGCUAGUAUUGCCAUUGGCAGUGAACUUUAUGAAGAAGCAUUUGCCAUCUUUAAGAAAUUUGAUGUGAAUACAUCUGCUAUUCAGGUGUUGAUAGAAAAUGUUCAAAACUUGGACCGGGCAUACGAGUUUGCCGAGCGUUGUAAUGAGGCGGCAGUGUGGAGUUUGUUGGCCAAAGCUCAGUUACAAAAGAACAUGGUGAAAGAAGCUAUUGAUUGCUUUAUUAAAGCCGAUGAUCCGUCUGCAUACACUGAGGUUGUGGAAGCAGCCAAUAGAGAAGGAAACUACGAAGAUGUUGUUCGUUACUUACAGAUGGCCCGGAAGAAGUCCAGAGAUUCAUUUGUAGAAACGGAGCUUAUCUUUGCCUUUGCUAAAACAAAUCGUCUUGCUGAACUCGAAGAAUUUAUUUCCGGACCAAACCAUGCUCAAAUUCAACAGGUUGGCGACCGAUGUUUUGACGAAAAAAUGUACGACGCUGCCAAACUUCUGUAUAAUAACGUGUCAAACUUUGCGAAACUAGCUUCAACUUUAGUUCACUUAGGAGAAUACCAGGCGGCAGUGGACGGUGCUAGGAAAGCUAACAGUACCAAGACAUGGAAGGAGGUUUGUUUUGCAUGUGUCGAAGGAGAAGAAUUCCGUUUGGCCCAAAUGUGCGGACUUCAUAUCGUGGUCCAUGCAGACGAAUUAGAAGAGUUAAUCAAUUUCUACCAGAAUCAAGGCUACUUUGAAGAACUCAUAUCGCUGAUGGAGGCCGCGCUGGGCCUUGAGCGAGCUCACAUGGGCAUGUUCACUGAGUUAGCGAUCUUGUAUUCUAAAUACAAGCCUUCUAAGAUGAGGGAACAUCUGGAACUCUUCUGGUCUAGGGUUAACAUUCCAAAGGUUCUUCGCGCAGCAGAACAAGCUCACUUGUGGUCAGAGCUGGUGUUUCUGUACGAGAAAUACGAGGAGUAUGACAAUGCUGUACAAACGAUGAUGACUCACCCUACAGUGGCAUGGAAAGAGGCGCUGUUCAAAGACGUCAUCUGCAAAGUGGCUAAUAUUGAACUGUACUAUAAAUCACUGCAGUUCUACUUGGAUUUCAGGCCAAUGUUGAUCAAUGAUCUCCUUAUGGUUCUCACUCCUCGCAUGGACCACACUCGCGCUGUUAAUUUCUUCAAAAAGGUGAACCAUCUGCCACUUGUGAAGCCGUAUCUACGAUCGGUUCAAAGUCACAACAACAAGGCCAUAAAUGAAGCUUUGAAUGAUUUGCUUAUUGAGGAGGAAGACUACAAUGGCCUCCGUGCGUCUAUUGACGCUUUUGAUAAUUUUGACAACAUUGCGCUGGCCCAGCGGCUGGAAAAGCACGAGCUCAUCGAGUUCCGCCGUAUAGCGGCUUAUCUUUACAAAGGCAACAACCGCUGGCAACAGUCUGUGGAGCUCUGUAAAAGGGACAAACUUUUCAAGGACGCCAUGUUAUACGCGGCCGAGUCGCGUAACUGUGCUACAGCAGAAGAUCUUAUCCACUGGUUCCUGGAAAUAGGCAACAAUGAGUGCUUUGCCGCCUGCCUGUUCAUGUGCUAUGAUCUGCUCAGCCCUGAUGUGGUGCUAGAGCUUGCAUGGAGACACAAUCUUCUCGAUUUUGCCAUGCCCUAUAUGGUACAGGUCCUCAAGGAGUACAUAGACAAGGUCAACAAACUAGCUGUCUCUGAAGCAGAGCGGAAAGAUCAAGAAGAGAGCAAGCAAGACCAACCAAUUGUGUUCGGUGCUGACCAGUUGAUGAUAACAGCAGGACCAAGCAUGGUACCUAACAUACCUGUGGUACCAGGCAUGCCACCAGCCCAACAGUACCCCCCAGGGUAUCAGAUGCCCCCGGGCUACAUGUGACAAGACUAAAUAAACAAUUAGUAUCAAACAAAAAUAGCUAGGCCCUAUAUUUCUAAGGCAUUUUUUAUAUUCUCGUCGGCCAAUUGCUUGCAGUAAGUAACUUAAAAUUUCGAAUUCAUGUAAGACUGAGAAGGAACCAUCCAGUAGUCGUAUAAAACAGUUAAUUGUAGAAUUAGUAAAUGGUGCAAUGAUUGCCUGUAUGCUUUUACUUGACUUCUAAGAAGAGUUUUUGGGUUUGAUUUCACUCUGUGUAUAUCAAACUUACGUAUGUGUGUAUGGGUAAUAAAGGCCAUUCAUAUCACUG